AUGAAUUUUUUCAACAUCAUAUUUUGCCUGCUCUGUUGCAACUCGAUGUUUCAAACUCUGAGUGGGGUAAACAGCACAUCUAAACAAGUCACAUCCAACAAAACUCCCGAUACUUCGACAUCAAGCAAGUGCCACAACGUUCACUUCAACAAUUACUAUUCUGGACCAGCAAAUAAGGACAUCAAGGUACAUCUUCUCAAAAUAGAGAAUCAACUCGUAAAUUUAGAGAAGAAAAUCGAUGCUUUAACGGAGAACAAAACAACUCCGCCAGGUGAGUUUCUGUCAAUUUUGUAUCCAUGAUAAAACUGUGCUGAGCUGUUCAAAUCCGGCAAAAGAAUCACAGGAGUUUACACAAUCGACCCCGAUGGUUUAGGUGCGUUUGAGGUAUUUUGCGACCAAAAGUCUUCCAGUGGCGGUUGGACAGUAUUCCAGAAGAGACUCGAUGGCUCCGUUGAUUUCGUCAAUCGCAGCUGGGCGGAUUACAAACGUGGAUUCGGAAACUUAAAUGGUGAGUUUUGGCUCGGACUGGACAAGAUAUACCGCCUGACCAAAACAAAGAGUAGACUGCGAGUGGAACUUGAAGACACACAAGGAAAGACAGCUUACGCUGAAUAUGAUAUGUUCUCUGUUUCCAGCGAAAGAAACAAAUACAGACUUGGCCUUGGGAUAUAUACCGCUGGAACUGCUGGUGAUUCUUUGAGCUAUCAUCGAAACAUGGCAUUCUCCACUAAAGAUCGCGACAAUGACAAUGCGAACUCGUUCAACUGCGCCGCAUCCUAUAAAAGUGCUUGGUGGUACAACAACUGUCUCCGUGCCAACUUAAACGGCUACUAUUACCACGGUUCGCAAGUCAAGUCUGGCUAUCGUGGUAUCAACUGGGGUAAAUGGAAGGGUGCUUAUUACUCAGCUAAGAGAGCUGAAAUGAAGAUCAGGCCCGUGGACUUUUAA